GACAUCGAAUCAAGAGAGACGACAGCUAUGGAAGGUAGCAACAGCGGUGAGGACUUUGCAGUGGGCUGCUUGCUCUCUAUCAAAACCACUUUAGGCGACGAAUUCGACGGCCAAGUCAUUACCUUCGAUCGCCCAUCUAACAUCCUCGUUCUUCAAGAGGGAUCGAAACCUGGGCCAAGGAGAAACAUAAGGUUCCUGAAAGCUAAUUAUAUCAAGGAGUUUUCUUUUCUAGGUCAAUCGGACGACCCACUUGAUGUCAAGAAGUGUUAUAUCGAUCUCCAUAGUCUUCAAGCUAGAGAGGAAUUGGCUUUAAGGCAGGCAGAAGCAGAAGCUGAGAGGAUUGGAGUGGGUGUCACCGCUGAGGCACAGAGCAUCUUUGAUGCUUUGUCUAAGACACUUCCAGUGCGCUGGGAUAAGACUGUCAUAGUGGUUAUGAAUGAAGUGCGAGUUAGCAGUCCAUAUCUCCCUGACUGUGUAAGUGGAGGAACUCCUGCCGCAAAUGAAAGGGUGAAGAAAGUGCUUGAGUUUGAGAGAAAGAGGUUGCAAGCUCGUGGUGCCAGUCAGUAACGUGUAGUAGGAAUGCUACUGCUGUUGGGAAAGGGACCUUGAGGCUUUGGAUAUGUUGCUUGCUCCCAGUCCUAGUACAACCAUAACUGAGAAAAACAUAUUUCCCAUGUUGAGACAAUUGCAAGUUAUAUUGAUGAAUAUAGAUUUCACCAUAGAAUUAUUUAUUGCUAUUCCUUUAUUUUGCUGCCUCUAGCAUUUUCAAUUUUUUCUAUGUUGCUACUGGAGCUAAAUUGAUGGCAGGUUAUACUGUUUGUUGUUGUUUCACUUUCAUAAUCUAUUGUCAUCUCCUCAUAGAUAUGCUUAAA